CAUCAUCCCACAAACAUUUCUUUUUCUUUCUUACCAAACGCUCUGCUCAUCACUCAUUCACUCCCAACUCUCAUUCACAUUCACAUCAAACACCAAUGGCCUUGUCUUCUUCAACUUCAGUGUUAUUGAUAUCUGCUAUGCUUAGCUCUUUAAUAGUUGCCUCUGCUGGUAACUUGUACCAAGACUUUGAUCUCACUUGGGGCGAUGGCCGCGCUAAGAUACUCAACAACGGCGAGCUUCUUACCCUCUCUCUUGACAAGGCCUCUGGCUCUGGCUUCCAGUCCAAGAAUGAGUAUUUAUUCGGAAAGAUUGAUAUGCAGCUCAAGCUUGUCCCCGGAAACUCUGCUGGCACUGUCACCGCCUACUAUUUGUCAUCACAAGGCCCAACCCAUGAUGAGAUAGACUUCGAGUUCUUGGGGAACUUGAGUGGUGAUCCUUACAUUCUUCACACCAAUGUUUUCAGCCAAGGCAAGGGCAACAGAGAGCAACAAUUCUACCUUUGGUUCGACCCAACCGCCGAUUUCCACACCUAUUCCAUCCUCUGGAAUCCGCAACGGAUUAUAUUUUCAGUGGACGGCACACCCAUUAGAGAGUUCAAGAACUCGGAGUCAAUUGGUGUUGCAUACCCAAAGAACCAGCCAAUGAGGAUAUACUCUAGCCUAUGGAACGCGGACGAUUGGGCCACGAGGGGUGGGCUGGUGAAGACUGACUGGACUCAAGCACCCUUCACUGCUUCAUACAGGAAAUUCAAUGCCAAUGCUUGCACUUGGUCUUCUGGUGCGUCUUCUUGCAGUUCAAAUUCACCGUCUUCGACAGCCUCUGGCAGCAGCAGUGCGUGGCUAACGGAAGAGUUGGACUCCACGAGCCAGGGCAGGCUGAAAUGGGUGCAAAAGAAUUACAUGAUAUACAAUUACUGCGUAGACACAAAGAGGUUUCCUCAAGGCCUUCCUCCAGAAUGUGCAAGCACUUGAAGUGCUCGUUGACAUAAUUCAAUUUCAAUUCUUUUAUAUUUUUAAUAUUCUUGUUUAUGAUACACAAUUCGAUUCUUUUGUUCUUUGUAGUUUAAUCUUGUUGCUCACUCGAUAAAGGAAGCCAUAAUUAUCACCAUGUAAUAUAUUAUGUUACACUUCGGAAUGGGAUUGAUUCACUGCAAGUUCUGCAUUUUUUGAAUGAGAUUGAUUCAUUGCAAGUUC